AUGGCGUCCCAAACUCCAGCCGUUGUCAUGGACAACGGAACUGGAUUCUCGAAGCUGGGCUUUGCAGGCAAUGACUCUCCAUCUUUCGUCUUCCCGACUGCGAUCGCAACCAAAGGGCCAGCGGCAGGUGCAGGAAGCUCUGGCUCAGGAAGGCCCGCAGUUGCCAAUAAACCGUCCUAUCUAACCGGUGGGGCUGGACCGGGAGGGCACUUGUCAAUGAAACGGGGUACUGAGGAUCUCGACUUCUUUAUUGGAGAUGAGGCUCUUGCGGCAGCAAACGGACCGGGCUACGGCAUACACUAUCCUAUUAGACACGGUCAAAUAGAGAAUUGGGACCAUAUGGAGCGAUUCUGGUCGAAUUCCAUAUUCAAGUAUCUCCGUGUGGAACCUGAAGAUCAUUAUUUCCUCCUCACCGAACCUCCUCUAAACCCACCUGAAAACCGAGAAAACACAGCCGAGAUCAUGUUCGAAUCCUUCAACUGUGCCGGCCUCUAUAUUGCAGUCCAGGCCGUACUUGCUCUUGCAGCUUCCUGGACGUCAUCUAAAGUUUCUGAUCGAUCAUUAACUGGAACUGUUAUCGAUUCUGGAGAUGGUGUAACGCAUGUUAUUCCAGUGGCAGAAGGAUACGUUAUUGGGUCCUCGAUCAAGUCAAUACCUAUCGCUGGACGUGACAUUACAUACUUUGUCCAGUCUCUUCUUCGGGACAGAGGAGAGCCAGACUCCUCAUUGAAAACAGCAGGCGAGAUCAAGGAAGAGUACUGCUACGUCAGUCCAGAUAUUGUCAAGGAAUUUGCGCGAUUUGAUCGAGAUCCAAGUCGAUUUAUGAAGCAUCUCGUUACCCAGCCUGGUGGCCGCAAAGUGACUGUGGAUGUUGGAUAUGAGCGAUUCCUUGCACCGGAGAUCUUCUUCAACCCUGAAAUCUAUUCUUCUGAUUUUCUGACACCUCUUCCUACAGUCGUUGACGGUGUUAUUCAAUCUUCUCCCAUCGAUGUUCGCAGAGGAUUAUACAAAAAUAUCGUUCUUUCUGGAGGAAGCACACUCUACAAGGAUUUUGGUCGUAGAUUACAGCGCGACAUCAAGCACCUUGUUGAUGCCAGAAUCAGAGCAAGUGAGGCUAAGAGUGGAGGCGCAAAAAGUGGGGGUUUGGAUGUACAAGUGAUAUCACACAAGAGACAACGGCACGGGCCGUGGUUUGGAGGAAGUUUGUUGGGACAAACACCAGAGUUCCGGAGCUACUGUCAUACAAAGGCCGAAUAUGACGAAAUAGGACCUAGCAUUGUACGGAGAUUUGCGUUAUUAGGAGGACCAGGUGGUUCAUAG